AUGAGCGUCCCAACGGUUUCUCCCCGCCCCGACGCACCUUUUGACUUCCAAUCACUCAUGCUUCAAGGCUAUUUUGAGCACCCAAACAAGCCAUUCAAAAUCGUCGGGCCAACGUCGGAUCUCAUAUUGCUACCCAAACAAUACGCCUCGGAAUUGGGGACGUACAGCUCCCAACAACUCAGCUUCGGGUCAGCCAUACAUGAUUUCUGGAUGUCAAAAUACACCACCUGGAGGUAUCAUUUGGACGAUGAGACUGGACGUCAAACGCUCAUGGGAAGUCUUAGACGAGACGGCCCACAUAUUGUUUCCGCCGUCGAUGAGGAGAUCGAACGGGGUUUUCAGGAAUGGGAAGACCGAUACUUCCAGCCAACAAAGGAAAAGAUCUUUGUCAACAGCGACGCAUCCCAUGACGGCUGGACCGACAUCUCCAUGAACCCAUGUCUUCGGCCGUUGGUCAACCAAGCCUUUGGAAGGGUCCUAGUCGACGCACCGUUGUGCCGUGACGUGGACUGGCUUAACGCCGCGAGCGGGACCGGCAUAAAGCUGAUGUUGGCGGCUCGAGACCUCCGCGGACUGCCUGCGUGGUCGCGACCCGUCCUCAAGCAUUUCCUACCUAACUACCGCAACCUGAUGGCAACGCGGAGAACGAUCGCCGAAAGGACGGUGCCGCUCGUGAAGGCGCGUCUGCUGCAGGACAGCGGCCUGGAAGAGAAGCCACACGACAUGAUCGGCUACCAGCUGCAACAUUCGAAAGGAUGGCGGGCUACGGAUGUCGACUUUCACGUUGGCCAGAUCUUCGAUAACGUGUUUGCUGGAGAUAAUCAGAUUGUGAAUGCCUUGUUACAAUGCGCUUACGAUUUAGCAGCAUUACCCGAAUACCAGCAGCCCUUGCGCGACGAAGUCCGCAGUGUUCUUGGCCAGGGAAAUGACAUCACCUUGGAAGCGUUGUCACGGAUGCCAAAGAUAGACAGCUUCAUGAAAGAGGUAGUCCGUCUCAGACCAGGUACUUUGAUUGUCAUGGCCCGAAAGGCCCUUUGCGACGUCCAACUCUCCGACGGCCUCGUCAUCCCGCGCGGCGUCACAGUAGCCAUGCCGUCGUGUGCCAUAAACCACGACCCGGCUAUCUACGGGGAGGACGCGUCUGAUUUCAAGCCGUUCCGGUUCGUCAGUAGCGACGAUUCCACUCCCCCCGCUGCGGCCUUUGAGUCAAUCUCCGGGCCGGGUCUCGACUUUGGACGCGGCAAGGCUCCUUGUCCGGGACGCUACAUUUCAUUGUGGACUAUGAAGGUUGUGCUUGCGCGGUUCGUUCUGCGCUACGAGGUGAAGCUGAAGCCGGGAUUGGAUCGACCGAGAGACAUUGCGGCUGGGGUGCACAGAAUUGCAGACUUGAAAGGUAGUAUGCUGAUUAGAAAGGUGGUAGCAUGA